UCCUAUUCAAGAAAUGGAUAGGGCGUAUAGGCUUUGGACAACUCUCAAUGUUUUUAUCGAUUAUGGGCCUGGGUAAUCUUCUAAUGUUAUGGCCAGUGAUUAUUGGACUACAAUAUUCAGGGGUGGAGUAUAUAAGAGCCAAUGUACCCUGGAAUCAUCUCCUUGGAACAGCUGCUUCAAUGAUAGUGUUCCAGUUUUUAUCAAACUAUACAGAGUGUCUGACUAAGGAAUUGGUGACGGGUCUAGGAAUGGUCGUGGCGGUACCCAUGUGUGCAGUUUCGGAUUAUAUCUGGAGGAAUCGUUUCUUCAAUGGUAUGAAGUUCUCUGGAGUGGUGCUAUCUACUCUAGGCCUUAUACUGGUACUAAUGCCUGACACGUGUUUCAGCCAAGCCUGUUCAUCAUGCGCGAAAUAUACUCACACAAAGCAAACCAUUACACAGCCAGAAAGAAGAGGGAGGCGAUCCAGAAGGGAAAUUAGUCGAGCCUGAUGUUACAUCUAUUUAAUUAAUAUCAAUAUCGAAG